UUAAGGCAUAAUGUACAGUAAUCAGCCUGGACGAGGUCGACCACCAAGGAAAUUUCCUCAAUCGCAUAGGUCCCACUCUACCGGUGGACGCUCCAUGGGACCUUCGCGCCUAUAUACUCAGCAUUUCCAACGGCGGAGAUUCUCCGUCUCUUCCGACACUCCUGAUAUGUGUCUAGCGAAGUGGGAGAGCGAACAAAAUGUCUUUUCUGAUUAUGCUGUUCGAGAAAAUCUAACUUUGAAUCUCCCACGUCAUGGCCUACAUAACUUAUUAAACUGGACUAAUGCUACUGGUCACCGUCGGAGAAAGUCUAUGCUAUCGGAUAUGUUACCCAAGGACACUCAACUGCAAACGAGGUCCAAGCUUCCGUUAGCUUUUCCAUCUCCGGCAUACGCCAGGCGAAAAUCAAGAAGCGACCAUGAGCAUGCGGUGCCGAAGACUAACUCGGUAGUUAAUAACACUGACGCUUCGUCGUCCUCUAACCAUAACCAGGAACUACAUUGGAUUGAACAGUGGACUCCACCACCAUUAUCCCCAACCGAUGAACAGGUCAAAUAUGGUCAUAGUCUGUAUACUAGCGAAGAAACUUCAGAAAAUGACAGUUAUAGCGAUGCAUCGCAAGUGGCGGGAGCCGCUUUGAAUGGUUUCACGCCUACCCCAAAGAACGAUAAUAUAACCGAGGCUAUUGAUGACGAUAAUAUAGGAACGCAGGGAAACACGGUUAUCACGCUGGUUGAACUGAGUGGCUUGAAGAAAUCACCGCCUGUAUCCGCUUCACCCCAUAAUGGUUCUCCAACACUAGCUUCAAGUAGCGGCAAGGCGGAAUCGACCGUAGAUGCAGAGCAGGUCAGCGACCUGUUGAGUACGAAAGCGCCACCCGACGCUUCAAGUGAAAACGAUGAAAUUCAGCAUCAACCGGAAAAUGAGAGCCUUAUCUUGGAUGCUCUCCAAUCUCCCGCCGAUGCCCCCGCAGACAAUGGGCCAGUUAAACCUACGUUAGGGUCGAAUGACGUAGAGAUGAAAGAAGCGACAGUUCCCGUGGCUGGCACCGAUGUAAACCGUGACAUACAGGAACAGAAUCCUACGACCAUGGAGGAAGCUUCAUCAUCGCCUCCUACCGAUCACGGUAUUGCACAUGAAGUCGAAAAUCCUGUUGAAGUACAAGAUGAAAUGGAUUUUCCGCACACUCCACUCAAUUCUAUAAAGGAAGAAGAAGUUGUUCCUGAAGUUCCCAUCUGGGCAGACGGUGAAAAGAUGAAAGAGCACCCUACGGAAUUUCAAAAGGCAGUGGCCUACUUAAAAGAGAAUGGAAUUCCGUUUGACUCAUCGCUGCCCCUACUUCAUAAUGUGAUUCUUUACUUUAGCGACACCUCAACCGCCAAAGCGAAGAGUGCCAAUUCCUACUCAUCGACUAUACGGCCCAUGUUCAUGUGUGAAACAGUAUGGCAAUUCAGUUCAAGGUGGCGGAAAUUUAAGGAUCGAUUUUCAGCACCAUCGCAAAUGAUGCCGAACCAGAACCUCUAUUUCUUCAGGCAAGGUGUAGAGCCAAUGUGGGAAGAUCCUAUUAACGCCAAGGGAGGACGCAUGACCCUCUCACCAACCAAGAUGGCUCUGGAUGAGAUAUGGGAAGUCGUACUCGCUGCAUUUGUCGGCGGCACAUGUCAUAAUAGCGUGGUUGGCGUUGUUAUGAGCAGACGAGGUCGUGGAGAUCGCAUUGAAAUAUGGAUGGAUGAGCAGGGACGAGAAGCCUCAGAUGAAGUGAAGUAAGUUGAAUUUAUUUACGUGCGUGCACAGCGAUAAUUGUCGUCUGACGUCAACUUCACUCAUGCUACAGAUCGCUGUUAUCGCGCUAUCUCCCACCCUUGAUACAAGAUGUUGUACAGCUGGCAAAGUACAAAAAGCAUUUCGAUCGUUGAUUACAACACGUUUUAUUCCGGCAUACCACUGCAUUUGUAAUUUUUUAUCACAAGUCUUGUCUAGCCCUCCUCUUUUCAUUGUACAUACCGAGUUUUCGUGUACAUAUUUGGUUUGUUCUCUUUUUUUUUCUUUCAAAUGAAAUUGGUCUUUUUUCAACCACCUUGGCUUUAUGAUGUUGUUGAUGAUAUCUAUGCCAA